CUUGCGAAUUGGCUCGUUGCUUUCGCGACACCGAUCUUCCUCGCGAGGUCGGCGUACGGCGCGUACUUCCUCUUCGGCGCGAUUGCGCUUUUAACGCUUCUUGUGCUCGCGACGUGUAUGCGCAAGACGCGGGGCUUGUCGCUUAAAAACAUUCAGGUCUCGUUCGCGCAAGCUUCGUCGCGGUCGUUCAGAAUUCCUCUAGGUUUAGUGCGAAGACGCGG